AUGUUUUUAUUAACACAUAAUAUACAGUUGAGAAUUAGAAAAUACAACAACAGUUUAAUUAUUUUUGAAAAAAUAUAUAGAUACAUAUGUGAUGACAUAAAAAAAGAAAUUAUAGAACAUAGCUAUAGUAAAGAAAAGUGUGAUAAUUUAAAUUUAUCAGAAGAAUGUAAAAAACAUAUAGACUUUAAACAAAAAUUAUUCUAUGAUUAUGUAUCAAAAGAAAAUCAUAUUUCCCCAUUCUUAAAAAAAAAAGAAGAAAAUAAUUUAUUAUCAUAUAUGUCUCAUGUGAGGGAUAACCAUGGAAGUAAAUUAAAAAUUAAAAUAAAUAAAAAGAAAGAAAAAGAAGAUGAAAAGUUAGAUGACGAAAAAAAAAAAAAAAAAAAAAAAGAAGACGUAGAAGAAGAAGAAUAUGAUGAUAAUGAUGAAAUUCUUUUGAAUAAUAAAAAUGUUCAGGUUCAAUAUAUGGGUGAAUAUAAAAAAUGGAUUAAAAAAAAAAAGAAUAAUUAUCCUAAAGAAGAAGAUAAUAAAAAUGAAGAUAUUAAUCAAUAUGAUAGUCCAGAUACAAAUAUAAGUACAGACAACAAUGACAAUUUUAUAAGUGAAGAAAAAAAAAAUAAUAAAAGUGAUGAUCUUUGUAAUAUUUUACAAACGAACAAUAAUAUAAUGUUGGAUAUUGAUAAUGAUUUAAAAAACAUAUAUAUAGAUAAUAGUAAAUAUUUUAAAUUAGAUAUAGAAAGAAAUACAAAGAAAGAAAAAAUGAAAUUAAAUCAAUAUUGUUCAUAUAAUGGAAUAUGUAGUUCUCGUUUUGUUCAUAAUAAUGUUCAGAAUGGUUUAUUUAAAGUGAAUGAUAAAAUAGUUUAUGAAAAUGUUGAUAUUUGUUCAGGUGUAGAUAAAAUUGAAUUAACAAAUAGAGGAAAGGAUUUAUUAAAAAAUAAAAUAACGAUUAUUUUAAAUAAACCCAAACAUUAUUUAUCUAUCUCUAAUGAUAAUAAAUCUUAUAAAAAAUUACUAGUUCGAAAUUUAAUAAGAAAUGAAAAUAAAUAUAUUCAAGAAGAACAUAAAUGUAUGAGUUAUUUUAUUUAUAAAAAUGUGGAUAUUGAAAAAGUUCCCAAUUUAUAUGUAUGUGGUCGUCUAGAUGCUAAUUCUAGUGGAUUAUUAAUCUUUACACAAAAUACAUUAUCUAAUAAUUAUUUAUUAUAUAGAUAUAAAUAUAAUAUUGAAAAAGAAUAUGUUAUUAAAACUUAUAAUAUUAUAACACAAGAAAAUAUGAAAUUAUUAAAAGAACAUUUUUAUGUUGAUGGGAAAUUAAUUUAUAAAUGUCAUAUUCAAUAUGUAGAUAAUUUUACAUUGAUAUUUAAAAUUUAUCAAGGUUUUCAUAAAAUUAUAAGAAAAAUGUGUAUGUUCUCAAAUAUUAAAAUUAAAUCUUUACAUAGAAUUAGAAUUGGAAAUAUACACUUGAAUGACCUUCCCACAGGAAAGUGGAGAUUUCUAAUGCCCAACGAAUAUUUUUUUUAA